AGCACGACUGACUCAUUCACUCGACCGACACACGAGAGUACGUAUUGCUGUGUGGGUGUUACCCAUUGCACAAAUUGUUGACAAAGUACUAUGUCUGACUUCGCAAAAGUCCCUGACGUCAAUCUGCUCGAUCAGUUCUCACCAGAUCACAUGGAGCCGGAGCCGCUCGAGCUCAACUUCGAAGCAAUCAAGAAUGGAGGAAUGACACCAGAAAUCCUCAGCGAGCUGAACCAGCUCGUCGGCAAUCCUUGGUUUCCAACAUCAAACGACCAACAGGUCACCAGAGGACAUUUUCAAAGAGACAGCUCGAUUGCUGCUCUCGAAGAUUUGCUCCAGCAAGCUGCUCAUGCUGCCUACACUAUGCCUGUCACGUCUGUAGCUGCGGUGUCUUCUUAUGCUGUCAUCCAAGAACCACCCAGUCCGUCCAUGUCUUCUGUAUCACUCGAGUCGGAUGCAGACUGUAGGAUCGGUGAUGAGAGCUUGAUGAAGAUGUCAGUGAGAGAGCUAAACAUGCAGCUAAAGGGCGUGUCCAAAGAAGAGGUGCUCAAAGUCAAACAGAGGAGGAGGACAUUGAAAAAUCGCGGCUACGCGCAGAACUGCCGCACGAGAAGGAUGCAGCAGAAGGAUGAGCUUGAAGAAGAGAGAGACGCACUGCGGGGGAAAAUCAUGGAUAUGACUCAACAGAUUGCAACACUCAGAUGCGAGCGAGACACAUGGAAAUCAAGAUACGAGCAACUUCUCACCGGACAACGACUGAUUUCUCCACUAAAUUGCUGACGAGGGCAAAGGACUUUUCACGAACUCAAGUGCAAAACAAAUGACUGUGAUUGGUAUAAAAAUGUUAGAAAACCCAGAAAAAGGUAAAAAUAGAAAAUUAGAAAAAAUGGUGCAAAAGUCCUUUUGCUGAACGUUUGAAUGUUAUGGCUGUAAAUAUGGCUGCUAGAUGGUCUUUCAAAUUGUGAAAGCUGGAGAGUAUUUUGUAUAGAGCAGAUGUACAUAUGAUUUAUAGGAUGUAUGUAUUUGAAUGGUCUGUAUUGAUAUUAACUUUAUGUGGUAUAUAUGAAAUACAGAUGUUUGAUUGUAUGUGA